AUGGGCGAGUAUCGUCACGGCCACAACCCCAGAUACAGCAAGAUGCGGUCUGUUCUCAUCAUCAACCCCAACUCUACGGAGCAAAUGACGAAUGGCUUGAAGCCACUUGUCGAUGCGCUACAAUUCAAAGACACCGCACACGAGUACUUCACUGCACCCUCGGGUCCAAAGAGCAUCAACAAUGAAGACGACGCUGCCGAGUCGGUAGACCAUUGCCUACCCGCUUUGGAGAAAGACCUCGCACGCUACGAUGGCUUCCUCGUCGCAUGCUACUCAAAGCAUCCUCUCGUGCCACGCCUGAAAGAGCACACUACUGUGAGAGGCUCUCGCAAACCCGUCACUGGUAUUUUCGAGGCCAGUGUGGGCACAUCACUUCAGAUUAUACAUCCUGACGAAAAGUUUGGCAUCGUCAGCACAGGCAAGGUCUGGGAGACCAUCCUGACUGAUGCUACGAUUGAUUUUUUGGGCACGGGUUCAGAAGCUAGCAAGCGCUUUGCGGGCGUGGAAACGACAGGGCUCAACGCCACGGAUCUGCAUGAUGCGCCUGCCGACGAGGUGCGCAAGCGCAUGAAAGAUGCCGUGAAGCGGCUUUUGAAGAAAGACAAGGUUGGCGCCAUCUGUCUGGGCUGUGCGGGUAUGGCUGGUAUGGAUGAGAUGGUCAGGGAGGCGUGUAUAGAGGAGUUGGGAGAUGUCGAGGGUAAGAGAGUCAGGGUUGUGGACGGAGUAAUGGCUGGUGUUGCGUGGCUAGAGGGUGCUGUACGUGCUAGCUUCUAA